AUGAAAUUCUUGCUCCUGACCCUUAGUGUCUUUCUGAUCCUGUUCCAGAUGUUGCCAGUCUGCAGGGGCCGAAAAUCUUGUUGGAUCAUUAAAGGACACUGCAGGAAAGACUGCAAAUCUGGUGAACAGGUUAAAAAGCCAUGUAGAAAUGGUGACUAUUGCUGUGUUCCAAGCAAAACAGAUUCUCAACCACACAGACCAACUCAAGCAACUGCCAGAAAAUAUCAAACUUUUACUGAUAAGAUGAAAAGAAAUGCUUUUUUGGAGCAAAUACCAAUAAUCUUGAAUAACAAGCAGGAAGUAGAAUAA